CCGGCCGUGCGCAAGCCCCGGGCGCUGCAAGCCGGGCCACCCAGGAGCCCCUGGCCGCCGCGUCAUGCGGCGGGGCAGCCGGCGUCGCGCGGGGGGACACGGGCUUGGCGUCGCGCCGCUCCCGCCUUUAGUAGUUUGGGGAGGUUUCCUCUCCCAAGAAGAGACUAACUAAAUCUGUUGAAAGAAGAGCAACGCACCAAAUACUCGCGGAACCAAAUUCCGCGUAACCCGCCGGGACUGGGAUUGCACAGCAGACUCUACUUUGGGGACUUACUCGGCUAGGGAGAACGACGCUUCAGCUGCUCCCGGGAGUCCUCUGACCUCCCUGCCCCCGCUCGCCCCUCGCUUGUCCGGACUUGUUCCGGCGCUCCGGCUUCGAAAGGCACGCAGCCUCCGCGUCCUCCGGGAGGAAUCUGUGUCGCCUCUAGAUAGUGGCAUUUGAUGCCCGCAGCGUCGGGGCAGGCAGCGCGCGGGCCGAGCGCGACGAGGCCAAGCGGGCCGUGCCGCUCUGGAGCCGGCCCCCGGAUCGCAGGCCCGAUCGAUGCAUUUUUCUGAGUGAGUCGGCGGCUCCCCCACCCACCUCGGCGGUUUUCUUCUAUCCUCCUCCUCUUCCUCUCUGGUCUCCUCCCUCCUCCCAGUCGGCUUGCAAAUGGCUUCGUUCCCCGAGACCGACUUCCAGAUCUGCCUGCUGUGCAAGGAGAUGUGCGGCUCCCCGGCGCCGCUCUCCUCCAACUCGUCUGCGUCGUCGUCGUCCUCGCAGACGUCCACGUCGUCCGGUGGCGGCGGCGGGGGUCCGGGGGCCGCGGCGCGCCGCCUGCACGUCCUGCCCUGCCUGCACGCCUUCUGCCGCCCGUGCCUUGAAGCGCACCGGCUGCCGGCGGCGGGCGGCAGCGCGCCGGGAGAGCCACUCAAGCUGCGCUGUCCUGUGUGUGACCAGAAAGUAGUGCUGGCCGAGGCGGCGGGCAUGGAUGCGCUUCCCUCGUCUGCCUUCCUGCUCAGCAACCUGCUCGACGCUGUGGUGGCCACUGCCGACGAGCCGCCGCCCAAGAACGGGCGUGCCGGAGCCCCGGCGGGCGCGGGCGGCCACAGCAACCACCGGCACCACGCGCACCACGCGCACCCGCGCGCGUCCGCCUCGGCCCCGGCGCCACUCCCGCCCGCGCCGCCACCGCCCGCGCCUUCGCGCUCUGCGCCGGGCGGUCCCGCCGCUUCUCCUUCCGCGCUACUGCUGCGUCGGCCUCACGGCUGCAGCUCCUGCGACGAGGGCAACGCGGCCUCGUCGCGCUGCCUGGACUGCCAGGAGCACCUGUGCGACAACUGCGUCCGCGCGCAUCAGCGCGUGCGCCUCACUAAGGACCACUACAUCGAGCGGGGCCCGCCAGGUCCCGCCGCCGCGGCAGCGGCGCAGCAGCUCGGGCUCGGACCGCCCUUCCCUGGCGCGCCCUUCUCCAUCCUGUCGGUGUUUCCCGAGCGCCUCGGCUUCUGCCAGCACCACGACGAUGAGGUGCUGCAUCUGUACUGUGACACCUGUUCGGUGCCCAUCUGUCGUGAGUGUACGUUGGGCCGGCAUGGGGGCCACAGCUUCAUCUACCUCCAGGAGGCGCUGCAGGACUCACGGGCACUUACCAUCCAGCUGCUGGCCGACGCGCAGCAGGGCCGCCAGGCAAUCCAGUUGAGCAUCGAGCAGGCCCAGACGGUGGCAGAGCAGGUGGAGAUGAAGGCAAAGGUGGUCCAGUCGGAGGUCAAAGCUGUGACGGCAAGGCACAAGAAGGCCCUGGAGGAGCGGGAGUGCGAGCUGCUGUGGAAGGUGGAGAAGAUCCGCCAGGUGAAAGCCAAGUCCCUGUACCUGCAGGUGGAGAAGCUGCGGCAGAGCCUCAACAAGCUGGAGAGCACCAUCAGUGCCGUCCAGCAGGUGCUGGAGGAGGGCCGGGCGCUGGAUGUCCUGCUGGCCCGGGACCGCAUGCUGGCCCAGGUGCAGGAGCUGAAGACCGUGCGCGGCUUCCUGCAGCCCCAGGAAGACGACCGUGUCAUGUUCACACCCCCUGACCAGGCCCUGUACCUUGCCAUCAAGUCAUUCGGCUUCGUCAGCAGUGGGGCCUUCGCGCCACUCACCAAAGCCACGGGGGAUGGCCUCAAGCGGGCCCUCCAGGGUAAGGUGGCCUCCUUCACAGUUAUUGGCUACGACCAUGAUGGGGAGCCUCGCCUCUCUGGAGGCGACCUGAUGUCAGCUGUGGUCUUGGGCCCUGAUGGCAACCUAUUUGGUGCCGAGGUGAGCGACCAGCAGAACGGUACCUAUGUGGUGAGUUACCGGCCGCAGCUGGAGGGCGAGCACCUAGUGUCGGUCACCAUGUGCAACCAGCACAUCGAGAACAGCCCCUUCAAGGUGGUGGUCAAGUCGGGCCGCAGCUACGUGGGCAUUGGGCUCCCGGGCCUGAGCUUUGGCAGCGAGGGCGACAGUGACGGCAAGCUCUGCCGCCCCUGGGGCGUGAGUGUGGACAAGGAGGGCUACAUCGUCGUGGCCGACCGCAGCAACAACCGCAUCCAGGUGUUCAAGCCAUGUGGCACCUUCCACCACAAAUUUGGCACCCUGGGCUCCCGACCUGGGCAGUUCGACCGGCCAGCUGGCGUGGCCUGCGAUGCCUCCCGCAGGAUUGUGGUGGCCGACAAGGACAAUCAUCGCAUCCAGGUUUUCACGUUUGAGGGCCAGUUCCUGCUCAAGUUCGGCGAGAAGGGAACCAAAAAUGGGCAGUUCAACUACCCUUGGGAUGUGGCGGUGAAUUCUGAGGGUAAGAUCCUGGUCUCUGACACCCGCAACCACCGGAUCCAGCUGUUCGGGCCAGAUGGCGUCUUCCUGAAUAAGUACGGCUUCGAGGGGGCUCUCUGGAAGCACUUUGACUCCCCCCGUGGCGUGGCCUUCAACCAUGAGGGCCACUUGGUGGUCACCGACUUCAACAACCACCGGCUCCUGGUCAUCCACCCUGAUUGCCAGUCCGCGCGCUUCCUGGGCUCCGAGGGCACGGGUAAUGGGCAGUUCCUGCGCCCACAGGGUGUGGCCGUGGACCAGGAGGGGCGCAUCAUCGUGGCCGACUCCAGGAACCACCGCGUGCAGAUGUUCGAGUCCAAUGGCAGCUUCCUGUGCAAGUUUGGCGCCCAGGGAAGUGGCUUUGGGCAGAUGGACCGCCCGUCUGGCAUCGCUGUCACCCCUGACGGGAUGAUUGUGGUGGUGGACUUUGGCAACAAUCGGAUCCUCAUCUUCUGAUCACGUUCACAAGGCUUCUGUGUUUGGGCUGUGCGUGCAUCUCUCUCUUUCUCUCUGCCUGUCUCUCUCUCUCCUUUUGAAUUUCAAAGAAGAAACAGUCUCAGGGAAAUUUCUUUUUUUCUUUUGUUUAAAGAGAACAAGAAGAGUACAACAUUGCUUAAGUCCUACCUCAUCUUUAUUUUUUUACAGAUGAAUGUACUUAUCUUUUCUGCAGGGAUUGAGCCUGUGACGUGAUAAUUUCUAUCUACCUCAUAAAUCUUUACAUUUCCUUCUCCAGCAGGCCCUCUGCCCUCCUCCCCACCCUCACUCAGCGGAGUUCACGUUCCCCUCUGACCCGUUGUGGGGCGUGAUAUGCACAAGCCUGGUGUUUCUGUGGCUGGGGGGGCACUGGGUGUGUGGUGGGGUGUACUCUGUAGAUUGAGCCAAGGAAACAUGAAAGAACUACUAAGUAAAAAAAAGAAAAAAAAAGAAAAACUAUAAAAUAUGGAAAAAUAAGGUUUAAAAUGCUGAGUUGUAGAGUAUUUGUGUUCUGGAGAAUACUGUGUUAUGGGAUUAGAUUGUGUUGUGGUCUUGAUCUUUUUAAGAAUCUUUUUUUGAAAAUUUUUUUUUUAAUGCUGCAACAGAGAACUUUUCUGUGUUCUCCUUUAAUACCUCAGUGUGUUUAUCACCCUGUUCAGCAUCUUUUCUUAUUCUUAGAAGACGUGGAUGUGGCUGUGGCUUGCAGGCCAAGAAAAGCAGACUGUUCUAUUCCUGUUUUAGGGUAUGUAAUCUUUGCUUCUUUUUAAGGGAUGGUGUGCGUGUGUGCGUGACUGAGCUGUCUACACCAACAUAGUAAAGCUGAGGAGCGUACACCACCACCCAAAGAAACUUUUCUUUCACACUUGGGUUUCUAAAAAAUAGAUGUAGCUUAGGAUUUUCGAUUAAAAGUAUUCUCAGAAGUUAAGUAUUCUUAGCUUGUUAUUGUUUAUAAAGUUCAGUGGAAGGAAGAAUCAGCCUCAUUUUCAGAAAGAGGGUGUCUGACCUGCCCGGCCUGUGGACUUGAGUGUGGGCAGAUGUGCAUGUGCCGAGGUGGUCCGUAGAGAGCAUAAGGAAGCAGCAGGCUACCCACAACGUCUGCGGGAGGGUGGAGGUCAAUCCCUUACCCUGGCUUGAAUGUUGUUCUGUCGAUAAUGUUAGGUGUUUCUUUUUCUAAGAAGAGUAGGCCAAGGAAUGAACUUUUCCUUUAAAAGCACAAUUUUUUCCUGCUUUGGAAGUUCAGGGAAAUAGAAUGUUUGAAAGUCAAAUGAAUAGGAACAACCCAUCCCUACACCCUCCGCUUGGGUCCGUCUUCCAGAGUGGUCUGCUCCCGGGCCAUGCAGUAGGACUUCAUGGUUAACGUGAAUUUACUCCCCAGAGGCCUUUGAAUGUAAAAGAUUUGUAAACCAAAUUGUCCCAACCCAAAAUGUAGGAUGUAAUAUCUUUGUUACACCUCUGUCUCGGUACCAAAGAAUGAAAAUCGAAGCCAGGCUCCCGCUGCAGAACUGUGGGAUGGCGUCCGUCACUUUACAGGGUUGGUUUGCAGUAAGCUGGACUUGGGUACAAAGGCUUGUGCUUCUGGGCAUUAUCUGUCUUUCAAGUGGAAGUAGGCAGAACUGAUCUGCUUUCAAGAACCUAUGUGGGUCCCUGCAUUCCCUCAGGUACUGAAUGAGAACCACAUUCUGGAGGAGCGUGCCUCAGGAGCCAGUGGUGCUCUCAGAUGACGGGGGCUUCCAGGGAAACCUCUUGUUCAAACAGAAGGACUAACCUCAGUUUCUGUUUUGUAUUUUGGAGAAAUUCCCCUUGCAGUAGAGAUGUAGUUUUAAAGGAACUGAAAGAAGAAACUUGUGGAGCAAUUUGUUUUUGUCAUCCCAAAAGAAAAGGAGUUGAUGGGGGAAGUGAGCAAGUCAAUCAAAUCAUUUUUUUUGUCCCCCCUCCCUUUUUGGGGGGAGCAUUUACCACUUCAGGGUACCCUGUGUCCUCCUUGAUUUAGUUCUGGGGUUUCUGAAUGACCAAAAUGGGAACAAACUUAUUUCAUAAAGGAGAACUGCAUGCAAUAUAGGAUCCCAAAACUGGAAAGUUCGUGUCAGACCACUCCCUCCCAGCUGCUGUGUUUCAGGGCAAGGAGGCUUCAGGAAAUCUUACUUUCUAAGUCCACCCUUAAAUGCUGAAGCAUUUAAUUUCGAAUUCUUCCCCAAUCUAUUCAGUGGCCUUUUAUUUGCCCCUGGGUUCUAUGUUCUUUGGUGAAGAGUUUGUGUAAUUAAGCAUUUAUACUGUUUUUUAUUUUGGAAAUAACUUGGUGCUGAUCUUCCUCCCCUCCACCCCUCAGUCCCCACCCACCCCCAACCACCCAACAAACCACCCUUAAACACCAAAGACAACUGGUUUUAAAUGCUUACAAAAUUUUAUUGAAGAAAUUGAU